AUGUACCAGUAUUCUUCCUCUUUACUAAAGCGCCAAUUACUAGAUAGCUCUUAUUUCUUCAAUGAUGACAGCCUUGAGUCGCCUAUCAAACCCACAGAAUUGAACAAAUCAAAGCCAAAAUUCAAUUCAAAUUCAAAUUCCAAAAGACAAAUCCCCGGCGUUAACACUGAAUUGUAUCAUCAAGGUUAUUUUGAAGACAUGACAAGAAUAAACACCCUACAAAAUCUAAAUUCUUUUAAUUCUUUCAGUACUUUCAGCGCUUUAAAUGAUUUAGACUCAAAUAAUUCAAAUAGCCAAUAUCAACCUUUAUUCGAGUCUCUUUAUAUUUUUGGUCUAUUGGUUUUCUUUCUUGUGUUAUUUUCUGCAAUUGUUUUCACCAUAAGAGAAUACAUUUGCUCACUAAAUGAAAAAAAAUUGCUUGAAGAUUCAAAUGAUCAAAAAUUAGGUAGUCAAUGGAGCUCCUCUUCAACAACUGUUUUAACUAAUAAUUUCGAUAAACAAAACGCUGGUGUCUUACCACAAACAAUGGAUUUGGGCAGAACUUCUCAAGGUUAUCCAACUUUUAAUCAUCAACAUCAUAAACAUCAUCUAUUCAAUUAUAAUACCAAAAACAAAAACAACAGCAACAGCGACAAUAAUAAUAGCAAUAAUAAUAGCAAUAAUAAUAACAAUAAUAAUAACAAUAAUAAUAACAAUAAUAUUUCUGAUAAUCAAAAUAUUAACCCUUUAAAUCCUUUAUCAAAUAAUAUAGAUCUUAAUGAUGAUUUUAUAUUUACCAACACAGGUGAUACUUAUGCCGCCAACACUGUUUUAAACGAAUACAAUCAACCAACAACAAGUUAUUUCUCUUCAAACAAUUUUCAAAGAUUAGACCCUUUGAAAAUAGUCAAUACAAAUUCAAACUCAAACUCAAAUUUGGAUUCUAAUUUAAAUGAAAUUGAAAUCAAUAAAUUUAACUCAAAUUUUAAUUUUAAUUUCAAUUUCGAUGAUGGUAAAAUCAAAUCAAAAAUUAGUGAUAACCUACCUUUCAAUUACUCCUCAAAUUCUUUAAAUACCUUCUCAAAUCUAUCCUUUUUUCAAAAAAAGAAAAUAUCUUACUCAUAUCAACAAUUAAUUGAUUUUAAACCAAAACAAAAUAUCAACUAUUCAAUUUCCCCAACCUUAUUAAAUCAAAACAAAAAUAUCCUCAACAAUCACAUUAAUCCUGAUAAAAAUAUUAAAAAUAUUAAAAAUACUAAAAAUACUAAAAAUACUAAAAAUGUUAAGAAUGUUAAAAUUAUUAAAAAUGACGAUAAAUCCUCAAAUUUAAUCUCAAAAGUAAAUUUAUCAACCGCUACUGAUUUAUCCCUAAAAAUCAACCCAACCAAUUUCAUCACAGCCUGGAAAGCUGAAAGAACGAUCACUGAAGUCUGUUUAUUAUUAUUAAAUGAAUUCAUCCCAAGACCUUCAAUCCACGAUCAUGUAACAAAAAAAAUUGCUGUCAUCAGAUUAUUAGCCAUUGGUGCUAAUAAUUCUACUUUCGAUAACCCUAACGUUUAUUUGCCUGCCUUUAACGAACUAAUGGAACAUAUCAUCGAUACAGGUACCAUUUUCGACUUGUUAAAUGAGUCAAUCCCAAUUGUUUCUCAAGCUUUAAUUGAAAUCACUUUACAAUACAUCUGGGCUCAUUGGACUUUCUCUCCAAAAAAUCGUAUCUCCGUCUUAAAUAAAUUCAAAGAUUGGAGAAUCGCUACUCCAGCUAUUCAACCUCAUCAUGUUUUAUUCCGCUACUUGUGCAAUUUAGAAUUGGGUAUCUUUGCCGUUGGUAGAAUGUCUUAUGAUUCUUUACAAUUCUCAGAAUUUAAAAUUAUUACCCUAAUAACUCAUUUGGCUUAUAACUCCUUUUGCAACGAUUACAUCAGCUUUAUUCCAAUUUUAGCUCAAGCUGUUGAAUAUACUGAAAGACCCUAUUCUCAUCGUUUAUUUUAUACUUUACUCCACAUUUUAGUUAAAAGACAUUCAAACUGUUGUAUGAAUGACUAUCUUUGUGAUAAAAAUGCUGAGGUCAAAAGACUCGUUCAACAUGGUUUUUGGAUUAAAAAUGAUUCCGAAGUUCGUAAAAUUGCUCAAAAUAUUCAUAUGACAAUUAUUUCAAAAUAUCCUCAAACAAUGACUUGGUGGAAAGAAAUCGAUGGCGGGAGAAUUUUUGUUACAACAUCACCAACAAUUAAAGCAAAUAAUUUAAAUAAUAUAAACCAAAAUGAUUUAAAUAAUUUAAAUUAUUAUAAUUAUAAUGAAAAUAAUAAUUCAAACAAUUUCAGUAUUCAAAAUUUAAAUUUACAAAAAAAAAAUUUUAUGAAUUUAACUCCAAAUACUGGAACAUCUCUUGCUAUUUCUUUAAUUCCUCAAAAUUACUCCUAUAUCAAUAAAUUAAUGCCUAAUCAAAAAAAAUAUCCAAUUGAUAAUAGACGGAAAAUUCCUAAAGAUGAACCUCAAAAAAAGAAAUCCCUUCCGGGAUCCUAUAAUUUUUAA